AGUGGGAGGCACGGCUGAAAGAACAAGCUUCGGAAUUGGUAGAAAAAAAUAUGUAUAGAUUUGCUGUUUACAAUAGAUGAGGAGUAGUCGAUAGUUAAUAGUGGCAUUCCUUUCAUCUGUUCUCUGGAUGUAUCCGGAGAUCGACGACGUUGUGUCUCGGAAAAUUGUUCCCCCGAACUCGACUUCAGUUUUACUUGUGCCUAAAACAAGAUACGUAUAAGUUUAUUCGGUUUUCUAUAUUAGAAAACAAAAGAAUAACUGGCUAAUUAUGUCUUCCGAAGCCACGUUAAUUUUUGCAAAGCUGGAAGCUUUAAAAGAUAUCAGAUCAAAAACAGUGCAGUUAGAAAAAAUGAGGCAAAGAAUUGUGCAUGAAAUAGAACAAACCGAGCAGGAGGAAAAAUGUUUGACGGAGUACAAACAAGAAAUGGAGUUACUCAUGCAAGAAAAAAUGGCCCAUGUAGAGGAGUUAAGGCAAAUUCAUGCCGACAUCAAUGCCAUGGAGGCAGUGAUAAAGCAAGCGGAAGAUGCAAGGAAUAGAGCUCGAGACAAUGCAAAAUUAAUUCAUAACAAUGAUUAUCAGCCACUAAAACACGAUAUCGAUCGAAUGCGUAGAGAAUAUUUAGGAUUGGAAAGACUGCCAGAAUUAUAUGAAACAGAUGCUGAUCUCUUUUCUCCCGAACGGUUUGUUUGCAGUUACUUUGAGCGCCCCGUGCAGAAAGCCGAAUGGAGAAUAGAGGCACGGAGCGACGACUUGUUGCCACCAUUGGGUUUGCAUUCUCAUCCAGGACAUCCCGGUAGUUCCACACCUUUUCUCGCACCCCAACCUCUUCAAGGACCUAGUAAGCCAGAACCAAGACCGUUACCUCCAGCUCCUGGUCCACCUACAUCGGCAUUCAGGCAACAGCCACCUCCGAUGAAGUCUUGUCUAUCGUGUCACCAGCAGAUUCACCGAAACGCGCCUAUAUGUCCUCUCUGCAAAGCUAAAUCACGUUCCCGUAACCCUAAAAAACCAAAGAAGAAAGAAUAGUCGAAAUUUUAAUAUCUUAUUCUGUCUAUGCGUUUACAUAAUGGUGUUAUUAGAUUAAGCUGAUUCUAUGUGUCAAAACACCGUAUGUGCUUCAACGUAUCUUAUAACCUUUCACUCCUUACGGCAGAGUGACAUUCUAUGGGAGAUUCCAGUGACACCUAAAUAUGUUUAUGAAGCACAAUCUAUAAUAGUCAUGUUUCUUAUUUUAUUUGUGGAAUAUAUUUAGACAAUUGUCGGGGAACUUCGCAAAAUGUGGUGUCCAAUAUAUAAUAGGUGAACACCCCAAGUCCCACUGAAUAUACGAGAAACUGAGUACACUGUAAUGGUUACUUUUUAUUUAACAACCAGGAACCAGAAAGUAUAUGGUUCGCAUUACUUGUAACGAUGCAUUUAUAAUUCCAAAAAUAAAAAUAAUGAGUACUAA